AGGAUGCAGCGCGCGGGCGGGAGGUUUGGAGCCGAGGGACGCUGCGCCCGCCUGGGGCGUCGGGAACUUGGCGCCUGUCGGACUCAGGACGCGCGGGCUCAGGCUUAAAAGCAUCAACUGGAAUCAAUUUGCAUUCGAAAAUUGGACCAACACGAAGACUUGAUAUUGUGGAAUGACUAGAAAAUAAUGUCAUCUAACGAACAAGAAAGGCUCUUGUGUUAUAAUGGGGAAGUCCUUAUUUUUCGAUUGUCUAAAGGAGAUGUUGCAGGUAAAGGGCCUGCAGAAAUACCCAUAUUACAAGUCAGGAGAAUGGUAUUUGACAGAGGAGCAAGAGCUUUUAUUCAGAAGUCCACUGGAUUCUUUAUGCUAAAGGAAGAAAACUCUCAUUUAAAAAUUGUGUGUUGCAACUGUGUGUCAGAUUUCAGAAUUGGAAUUAAUCUUCCUUAUGUUAUGAUACAGUGCAAUAAAAAGAACACUUUCAGAUAUGUUCUUCUGUUUCUUCACAGUACCAAUAAAUUUGAAAAACGUUUGAGUUUUAGACUAAGCCAUGAGUUGAAGGAUGGUGUAAGGGUCCUUAAUGGCCCUUUAGUUUUAUGGAAACGUGCAGAAAAAUUCUACCUUAUCUCUUCUCUAAAUGGCAAAGUUAUGACUGUGUCUGUUAAUUUUUCCUCUGUUCAGUGGGCAGGGGAGAUUGAAAAUCUAGGUAUGGUGUUAUUAGGACCAAAGGCAUGUUUUUUAUCUGAGGAAGGAUGCACCCAAAAGCUUUCAAAAUCGGAUUAUGCAAUUUGGAAGACCACAUUUUGUGUAUACUCCCUUGAAAAUGAAGAAGUCAUAAGUGAUGCAUACAUUAUCCCUCCUGCUUAUAGCAGUGUGGUAACUUGUGUGCAUGUCUGUGCAACUGAGAAUGUCAACAACCAAUUAAGAAUGUCUCUGAUUGCCCUUACUCGAAAGAAUCAGCUGAUUUCAUUUCAAAAUGGGACGCCAAAAAGCGUGUGCCAGCUUCCCUUUGGAGAUCCUUGUGCAGUUCAGCUUAUGGACUCAGGUGGAGGAGAGCUUUUCAUCGUAUCCUUUAAAUCCAAUGACAUUUGUGCUGUUUGGAAAAAGAACUUUCAGGUUGCUGCUAAGUGGGAAAAAAUUAGCUCAGUACUGAUAGAUGACUUCAUAGGAGCUGGAACUGAACAAGUACUGUUACUUUUUCAGGACUCCUUGAAUUCAGAUUGCCUGAGUUCAUUUACAGUAACAGAUCUUGGCAACAUAAACUAUUCAAGUGAAACAUUGGAUUGCAAUGAAGAUGACUUAUUUGAAGACAAAGAAGGGAAUCAUUAUUUGAUGGUUCCACCUCUGGAAAGAAGAUUGAAAGUUGGAUUGGCUUCUAUUCAGGAAUUAAAGCAGCAUCUCUUGCUUAAGGAAAAAAUUAUUUCAAAAUAUUGGAAAAUUUUAAUAAACCUGAUUCAAGGGAAAGAUGAAAGUACAUCAGCUGCAGAGAAGGCACAUCUUGUUACUCUUUGUGGUAAAGAAGAAAGCCCUGUCUGCACCUUUGAGGAAAAGAUACCAGAUGAUUUUCAAGAUUCAGAACGGCUAAUAGAGAAGAUAUGGUACCGUGUAAUAGAUGACAGCUUGGUUGUUGGAGUGAAAACGACAUCUUCUUUGAAGCUGUCCCUGAAUCAUGUGACUUUAUCACUGGUAAUGGAUCAAGCUCAUAGCUCCAGCUGUCGGCUUAUUAAGUGUCACAAUAGGGUGAUCAAGUUGAGUAGGGAUUUUCCCCCAGCAUCACGCUCAGUGCCAUGUGAAGUAGGAUCAGAGGCAAAAAGGAUCAAGUUGACUAUUGAUAGUGAGGAAGAGGGAGAGGAAGAAGAAGAAGAAGAAGAAGAAGAGAAGGAUGAGGAAAGCUCUGCUGGAGAACAAGCAUCUGAGAAAGAGUGUGUGCAAGUCAUUACUGCUGUAACACCUUUUUCACCACUUUUAGCAUUCAUUGAUUUCUGUUGCAUUGUGCUGCUACAAAUUAGGGAGAGGGAAAAUGGUAACUCUUCGGAAGAUCAUUAUGUUUGGUGUGGCAGACUUUUCAUAAGUCUAGAAGAUCUUUCAAGUAGGAAAUACCUGCUGACAUUUCCAAAGAAGAAACCUAUAGAACACGUGGAAGAUCUCUUUGCACUUCUCACAGCAUUUAACAGAGCUUGUUUUCAAAUCACAUCGCCCACCUAUUCUCUGACUUCAAUGAAGACGUGGCUACUAGAAUACAUGAAAUGUGAAGUAAUCCAAGAAUUUCCAGAAAUUUGCUUUUGCAAAAGGCCAGGAAGUUUCUAUGGCACACUCUUUAACUGGAAACAAAGAACACCAUUUGAAGGGAUUUUGAUAGUCUAUUCCAGGAAUCAAACAGUUUUGUUCCAGUGCCUUCAUAAUCUCAUCGGAGCUCUCCCUAUAAAUUGUUUCUUGAAAAAACUAAAAUCAGGAAGUGAGGAUUUCCUAAUUGAUCAUUUGGCAUCAUCUUUGGAGAAGGAAUUGGUUAUCCUUGGUUCUCUUUCUUCUGCCUUAGUUGAGGUUGAAAACAACUUGGUGCAGAGUUGUGAAGCAAGCAAAGAAAAGAGUAGUGGUGUUGUGGCUGCUUUAUCAGACAGAAAGGAAAACAUCCAUCUCUACAGAAAAGAAUUUCAGAGAGAAAAGACGCAAACGUUGGGGACGAACCUAAAAGUGAGUGGUGCUCUUUAUAGAGAACUGACUUUGAAAUUAGCUGAGGUUCAGCUGAGAUCAGACCUUGCUGCACAGAAACUGGCUGGUUUAUAAUUACCAUGUCAAUUUGAUUAUAUUUCGAAAUAUAGUUUUUCUGCCAGGACGUUUUGGUUCCACAUUUGUUUUAAUUUUACAUUCUGUGCCUCCUUUGCAAAAAUAAAGAUCGAGGCUUUACCGGCGGUGCACAGAACAGCACGCCUUAGA